AUGGGCAGCGCCCACCCUCGCCCCUGGCUGCGGCUCCGACCCCGGCCCCAGCCGCGGCCCCCGCUCUGGGCGCUCCUGUUCUUCCUACUGCUGCUGGCUGCCGCCGUGCCCAGGUCGGCACCCAACGACAUCCUGGGCCUCCGCCUCCCUCCAGAGCCCGUGCUCAACGCCAAUACGGUGUGCCUGACAUUGCCCGGCCUGAGCCGGCGGCAGAUGGAGGUGUGCGUGCGUCACCCUGAUGUGGCCGCCUCAGCCAUCCAAGGCAUCCAGAUCGCCAUCCAUGAGUGCCAACACCAGUUCCGGGACCAGCGCUGGAACUGCUCUAGUCUUGAGACUCGCAACAAGAUCCCCUACGAGAGUCCCAUCUUCAGCAGAGGUUUCCGAGAGAGCGCUUUUGCCUAUGCCAUCGCGGCGGCAGGCGUGGUGCACGCUGUGUCCAACGCUUGCGCCCUGGGCAAACUGCGUGCAUGCGGCUGCGAUGCUUCCCGGCGCGGGGACGAGGAGGCCUUCCGUAGGAAGCUGCAUCGCUUGCAGCUGGACGCGCUGCAGCGCGGUAAGGGCCUAAGCCACGGAGUCCCGGAACACCCGGCCCUGCCCCCUGCCAGCCCCGGCCUUCAGGACUCCUGGGAGUGGGGCGGCUGCAGCCCAGACGUGGGUUUCGGGGAGCGCUUCUCUAAGGACUUUCUGGACUCCCGGGAGCCUCACAGAGACAUCCACGCGCGCAUGAGGCUCCACAACAACCGAGUCGGGAGGCAGGCGGUGAUGGAGAACAUGCGGCGGAAGUGCAAAUGCCAUGGCACGUCAGGCAGCUGCCAGCUCAAGACGUGCUGGCAGGUGACACCCGAGUUCCGCGCCGUAGGGGCUCUGCUGCGCAGCCGCUUCCACCGCGCCACGCUCAUCCGUCCGCACAACCGCAACGGCGGCCAGCUGGAGCCCGGCCCCGCCGGGGCACCCUCGCCCGCCCCCGGCACUCCCGGACCGCGCCGCCGGGCCAGCCCCGCCGACCUGGUCUACUUCGAGAAGUCGCCCGACUUCUGCGAGCACGAGCCGCGCCUGGACUCGGCGGGCACCGUGGGCCGCCUGUGCAACAAGAGCAGCACGGGCCCCGAUGGCUGCGGCAGCAUGUGCUGCGGCCGCGGCCACAACAUCCUGCGCCAGACGCGCAGCGAACGCUGCCACUGCCGCUUCCACUGGUGCUGCUUCGUGGUCUGCGAAGAGUGUCGCAUCACCGAGUGGGUCAGCGUCUGCAAGUGA